AUAUUCGAACUUUUUUUUUCCCCCAAAACUUUUGUAAAAAGAAUGAAUGUAUUAACUCGUUCUGAAGAAGAAAUUUUAUUUAAUCAACUUAAGCACAAUGCAAGAAUAAAUUGUGCUCCAUUAAUUCAAGAAUUCGUUGAUUGUAAUACAGGAAAGUCUUUUUCAGUCAUAUGGUCUUGUAGACGUCAGUUAAAAGCUAUGAAUAAUUGUUUAAAGAAUUUUACUACAACGGAAGAAUUAGAUAAACUGAGGUUAGAGUAUAUCAAACAAAAAAGAGAAACAAAUGAUUGUUAAAAUUUCAGAUCCAGGCAGUUUACUAGCGUUAAAAUUAACAGAAAGCUAUGAAUUAUAUUCUUUUUAAAAUUAUUUAAAUAGAUAAAUGAAAGAUUAAACUAGUAUAAUA